CAGUGAGCCAGUUGACAGCAUGUUUGACACAGAAGCUGACCUCCCUGGUUUAGCAGCUGGCAGCACCGACAGCCCAGAAGAAGACGCAGAAGACGGCAUCAUCAACAUGUCCUCACUGCCCUCACCAACUCCUUCCCAUCGAAACAACCACCACCACCAUUUGCUGCACCCCCACAUCUACACGUCACACCAUCUCCACAACAGUAGCAGCAGCAAUGACCAGGACUUCACCACACCGAAGGAGGGCUCUCCCUACGAGGCACCUGUCUACAUUCCUGAUGACAUUCCCAUUCCCAGCGAGCUGGAGGUGCGAGAGUCCUCUGUGCCCGGUGCUGGCCUGGGCAUAUGGGCCAAGACUCGUAUUUGUGCUGGUGAGAGGUUUGGUUUGCACAGCACAAAGCAUCAUGGGUCCAUGGACAAAGACAGCUCCUUUGGAUGGGAGCAGAUGAUAAAUGACCAUGCAGAUGACUCCCCAGACAGCUGCAUCAAAAAGGUGAUGGAUGACAUGGGCAACGUCAAGUUUGCAUUGGACAGCAGCCAGGAUGCAACCAGCAACAGUUGGCUAAAAUACGUCCGCUCAGCUUUAUCAUUUGAGGAGCAGAACCUUGUUGCCUGUCACCUCACAGGAGACCAGAUUUAUUAUAAAGCUGUUCGGGACAUUGAAGCAGGGGAGGAGCUUUUGGUGUAUAUGAAGGACGGGAUUUUCCCCGAGGGAUCCAUGGCACCCAACCUACAAGACGAGCAAAUGUACCGCUGUGAAGACUGCGAUGAGCUUUUCUCCUCGACGCUUGAGUUACGGCGACAUCAGAAGUAUUCAUGCUCGAAUGCAGGUUCCAUCUUUGACGCACUGAGAGACGACUUCAAACAGGAGCGUGAAGACAGCGAUGAGCCCGUCCAUGAGUGCAAAGACUGUGAAAAGAUCUUCCCAAAUGAGUACAGUCUGGGGCAACACAUGAUAGUCCACACAGAGGAGAGAGAGUACAAGUGUGAUCAAUGUCCCAAAGCCUUCAACUGGAAGUCCAACCUCAUCCGCCACCAGAUGUCUCAUGACAGUGGCAAGCGAUUUGAGUGUGAAAACUGUGAUAAGGUACAGCAAACCCGGCACGUGUUCACAGAUCCCAGCAACCUUCAGCGACAUAUCCGCUCUCAACACGUGGGGGCGCGGGCUCACACGUGUCCUGAAUGUGGCAAGACUUUUGCCACCUCAUCAGGUCUCAAACAGCAUAAGCACAUCCACAGCAGUGUCAAACCCUUUAUCUGCCCUGAUGGGCUACGUCUUUUUGUGUCCUCAGGUGAGGUGUGCCACAAAUCCUACACCCAGUUCUCUAACCUCUGCCGUCACAAGCGGAUGCAUGCUGACUGUCGUACCCAGAUCAAGUGUAAGGAUUGUGGGCAGUUGUUCAGCACUACCUCCUCCCUCAACAAGCAUCGGCGCUUUUGUGAGGGCAAAAAUCAUUACGGCUCUCCGGCAGGGAUUUUCAACCCUGGAAUUGCCAUGAGCUCUAGCCCCAUCAUGGCGAAAGCCAAGUCCCACCAUCCCCACCUGCCAGGUCUGAACCAGUCAGGUUUAGGCUUUACUGACUACUUCCCCUCAAGACCUCACCCUCAUGCUGGCUUGCCCUUCUCAACAGGACCUCAUGGCUUCCCAUCCCUCCCACAUGGGUUUCCAGGUAUCUUUCCCCCAACACUUUAUCCUCGACCACCUUUAUUACCUCCAAGUCCUCUAUUAAAGAGCCCUCUAGCAGGCAGCAGUCAGGAGGUUAAGCUCCCUCGGAGCCCCUUAGAUGCCCCACCUUUAUCCCUUGUCAGCUCGACAAACAGCAAUGGCAUUAGCAGUCCACUGGAAGACAAGGAAAAGGACAGUAAGCUUGAUUUGUCUUCUAGUGGGGAAUCUAAGCCUAAAUCUAAAAUGGCAGACAUUUCUGAUGGGAGUGACCUUGAGGAUGUUAAUACCACAAGUGGAACCGAUUUGGACACCACCACUGGUACUGUUUCAGGCGACGGUUCUGACCUGGAGAGCGAAGGAGAGAGUGAACGUGAGGGGAGCAGCAAAAGGAGGAAGCCAUCUGGCACCGUGUCAAGUCAAGAUGGAAACCAGUUAGAAGACUCAAAUAGUGCGGUGAUAUCAGCUGUGUCUAGUUCAGGGACGCUUUCUGUUGAUCGCCCUUUUCAGUCUUCUGCUGCAUCCCUGCACUCGUUCUUUCCUCCACCUGAUGAACAAGCCCUGCCUCCUACCACAACAAAUGCCAAUGCAGCCACCACUGAUUCCAUUAAAGCAAUUGCUAAUAUUGCUGAAAAAUAUUUUGGACCUGCUUUGAUGGGACUUCAUCAAGAGAAAAAGAUGGGUCCAUUGCCCUACCAUUCCAUGUUUCCCUUCCAGUUUCUCCCCAACUUCCAUAACUCCCUUUAUCCCUUUAGCACUGAUCGAGGCACUCUUAAUCCUAGCGUUUUCCUGAAGACAGAGCCCAAAUCACCUCAUGAACAGCUGCACAAGAUGGUUUCAAGUUCCCCCGCAGCUUCUGCUCCCACUGCAGAGUCACCCUUUGAUCUCACAACAAAACCCAAGGAGGCCAAGUUAACUCCUCCAGCUCCAACAAACCCAUCCAACAAUAGCAGUACUGGGAACAGCAGUGGUCCUUUAGCGACAACCAACAGUGAAGAGCAGCCGCUGGACCUCAGCAUUGGCAGCAGAAACCGUAGUGGCCACAAUGGCCUACCAGCUGAGCCACAGAGUCGAAAGAAUCAUAUCUAUGGGGCUGGAAAGGGGGUUCCCAAUAAGGAUGAAACCUCAGUGGGAUUUCUUCAUGCUCAUACUCAGUCAUUGCACCAAUCCUCCAUGACGCAGCACCAGCAGUCGCAGGCACAGCCACAUCAGCCUCCUCCCCUGCACUAUGCCAAGCCCUCAGCAUUUUUCAUGGAUCCUAUCUACAGCAGGGUGGAGAAGAGGAAGCUACUUGACCCAGUUGGAGCUCUAAAAGAGAAGAUCCUCAGGCCCUCCCCACCACUCUUCCACCCACAGAUGUCAGCCAUGGAAAAUAUGACUGAGAAGUUGGAGAGCUUUGGUGCCCUAAAACUGGACAUGCCGCCCAAUACGCUGCAACACCCGACCCAUCCACUGUUUAACUUCCGCUCACCACCACCCUCUCUCUCAGAUGCAAUUCUUCGAAAAGGCAAGGAACGUUACGCUUGCAGGUACUGUGGUAAAAUUUUCCCCCGCUCAGCAAACCUCACCAGACACUUGCGGACACACACAGGGGAACAGCCCUACAGGUGUAAAUACUGUGACCGCUCAUUCAGCAUCUCCUCUAACCUCCAACGCCACGUUCGCAAUAUUCACAACAAGGAGAAACCCUUCAAAUGUCACCUGUGCAACCGCUGCUUUGGUCAGCAAACCAACCUCGACCGCCAUCUCAAGAAGCACGAGCACGAGAACAUUCCUGUCAGCCAGCAGUCCGGGAUGCUUUCCAAUCUUGGAACCACCAUCUCCUCUCCAAACUCAGAGCCAGACAAUCAUGCACUUUUAGAUGAGAAGGAAGACUCGUACUUCUCUGAAAUCCGCAACUUCAUUUCCAACAGUGAGAUGAACCAGGCCUCCAGCUCCAUGGAUAAAAGGUCAGAACAGCCCGAGGAGGAGCGCCCACCCAGCCACAGUUUGUCCAACUCCAAGCUUGGGCUGCAGGGGCUGGAGGAAGAGGAAGUGGAAGGUGACGAUGAAGAGGAGGAGGAAGGCAGCCUGACAGAGAAGUCACACGACGAGGCGCCAGAAUCCCCAUCUCCCGUCACAACAGGAGCCUACGAGGAGGACGAGGAAGAAGAAGACACAGAGACGCCUCCAUUAACUAUGAGCUAUGAACACACUCGCAGGUGUAUAGAGGAGGAUGGCUCUCUCUUGGAUCUUGAGAGUCUGCCCAGCUUUCCUAAGGGCCUGGACGGUUUACGUAAAGCAGCCAUUGAUGAGCAGUCCUUUGAUGUUAAAGACAUAUUUAACACUUCACUAGAGUCUGAAGCAUUGAAAGAAACACUGUACAGGCAGGCUAAAACCCAGGCUUAUGCAAUGAUGCUGUCUCUCUCAGAGAACAACCCUUUGCACGCGCCCUCUCAGAACUCUCUGGACGCUUGGCUGAGCAUGGGGAGCGGACCGUCUGAGACGAGCAGCUUUCACCCACUCAACCAUAUCUAGGCAUAGAGAGGCCAAGAAAAGGCAGAAGGAAUAAUGUGUGGGGGGGAGGACAUUUAGUCUCACAAACAGACAGAAAUAAGAGACUUUGAAGACAACCGGAAGACAAAAGGCAGCGAUGGAUUUCAUUGUCACAUUCAUUCAAGGCAGGGCGAGUGAGUUUGUGUGGCUAUCCCUGUGUUCACAUGUUUAUGUGUACAUUUGAGUUUGACAGAGGAAUCGGCGAGUGUUCCUUCGUGAAGCAUCCUGCAAAACUGUCUAAGAGAAAGCACUGCUAAGCUCCUGUUGAUGUGAAGGACAUGAUGAAUGCUUGUCUAUAGCAUUAAAAUUCUGCGUCACUCUGAUCUUCCCCCAGUGCACAAGACUCCCAGCAGCAUCACACUCUGUAAAAGGCUCCCCUAAAGACACUUAGUCUCUGAGCACUAUGCCCAACACAAGCAUUGCAGCACUGACUCUGCAUGUCCACCAGGUGGCACUGUUUCAGGAGAAAUGGAAUGGACUUAUGAGUGAUUCUUUAUAGGUUUUUCUCCAGUAGACAUGGCAACUAAUCUUCUGAUCAUUUGAAUUAUUAUUUAAUUUCAGAAUCAACAAAAGCACCAUUCAAAAUAAAUGAAUAUUCAGAAUCAGUAGGCUGUUGAUUUUUCAUUAAUUACAUAUAGAGAAACAUGUCCAAUAUUCAAAUGUGAUGUAAUGAGCAACGUGGGCCAAUAGCCAUUAAAAUUAGCUACUAAAUUUGCUCUUGCUGAAACCGAUCUACAAUUCUUCUUAAAGUGUGUUUUUCUUUUGUUUAUUGCAUCAUCAUUUAAAUGUAUUUACUUUAUUUCCUAUAGAUACCACAGUAUUGCUUUUUUUUAAGUGCUCAACUGUUAAUUUAAUUAUUUUAGAGAAGGACCAAAUUUAUAUGAUGCUGUCACAUGAUGUAAAAAUAAUAAUAACCUAGAUGUUAAUAGCAAAAGUGGUAUGUGCCAAACAACACUUAGAAAAUGUUUGUUUUUUUUCUUUGACAAUCAUUUCAUUUCCAAGAGGCCUCACGGUUGCUUUCAUUUUCUCCCUUACAACACUUGUAUGUGUAAUUUUAGAAGUGUGUGCAUGUAUUUAUUUUUAUGUUAUUUUGUUGAGACUUGAGAAAUGAACAUGAAGAAAAGUCUUUUCAUCCCUGUUUUUCUUGAA